AUGGAAGAAGAGAAAAAGGAACAAUCAGAAGCAAUAGUGGAAGAGACGGCAGAGAUAGAAACGAAGGCUGAAGCGCCAGAAGGAGAGAUAGAGAAGACAGAUACGGAACAAACAGCAGAGACGACAACAAGAAAUAAGGAAAUAGAUCCUAAUACAUCAAACUAUAUUAGACUUCGCGGUCUACCAUUUUCAGCUAAAGAAGAUGAUGUUCGAGCAUUUUUGGAAGGUUUGGAAGUAAAAUCGGUGACAUUUACAUUAACAUCAAUGGGUCGAGCAAGCGGCGAGUGUUAUGUUGAGUUAGUGGACAAAGUUGCGGCGGAGGAAGCAAAGCGCUUUGAUAAGCAAGAAAUGAACAAUCGUUACAUUGAAGUAUUCAACGUAACAGAAAGUGAAGUGGUUUGGAUGACGCGACAUAAUGUGAUUCGUAAAGGUGAUCAAGACACACCUUAUAAUUUUGUUGUUAGGCUUCGGGGCAUACCAUUCAGUGCAACGAAUAAUGAUGUGAAAGAAUUUUUCAGCGGAUUGGAAGUGGCAGAUGUUGUCAUCGACAAGGAGCUGGGGGGUCGCCCAUCUGGGGAGGCAUUCGUACGGUUCGCCAGCAAACAGCAUGCCGAGAUGGCCCUGGAACGGAACAGAAACAACAUGGGUUCGAGAUAUGUGGAAGUUUUUCGAAGUUCUGGUGAUGAAUUGGAGAAAUCAAGGGAAGGUCAUGUUGUACCACCAACGUCUUUGAGAAGUCUUGCUGUUGAACGCAGUUUUCCAACACCGCGCACCGAACCUAUACCUUUACGCUUUGCUGCAGCGAAGCUUGGUGGUGUACGUCCAUAUCGAAGGGAGGAGUAUGGUGGUCCCUUGAGAAAUGUUAGUAUGGGUCGCCCUCGUGCUGGUCCUUACGACGCACCAUAUAGUCGUUACGCGCGUUUUCAGGAUUACGGUUAUGAAGAUGAUUUUGAUUGCGAUGAUCCAGCUAAGAUUUACAUGAGGGGUCUUCCAUAUAGUGCAAAUGCGCUUGAUAUCGAAGAUUUCUUCAAACCAUUGAAUUGUGUCGAAAUUCAGCUGGGUUUCAAUGAAGAUCGUCGACCGUCUGGUGAUGCAUGUGUGAUUUUUGGGACGGUAGGUGAAGCGCGGGAUGCAAUGUCCAGAAACAAACAGUGUAUUGGUAAUCGAUAUAUUGAACUGUUUACUGCCGCUGAUGUGCCAAUUACGCAAAAAUAUGUCAUUUACCGAAGAAUUGGUGGUACAGGUGACUAUCCAGCAGCAGUGAGUGGAGGAGGUUGUCGUGGUCCAACAGCAUUAAAUCGUGUUAAUUGUGGUGGAUAUGAUGAAUGGGCUGAUAAUGAUGGAAAUGGACGCUAUUCAAGUGUUCAGAACAAGCCAGUUUCACUGAAUCGUGUUGGAUAUACGACAAGUGAUCCUGCUGAUAUUGGUGGGACUGAGAGUUGGUCGGAUGCUGAUUCGGGUAGAAGCUAUACGACAGGAUAUAACAAUGCUUCGGCAGGAUACAAUGCGAGCUAUGCUACGGGAGGGCAGCAGUACUAUAACGAUGAAUAUGAAGGAAAACAAUCUUCAUAUGGUUAUCAGUGGGGCAGUGCUGGUGGUUCGGUGAAAACCAGCUGGUAA